GAAGCGAUGGCGGAUUUAUUUGCAUGGCUAGCUUCCUUCUUUCUCGUCAUAGGUAUAAUCGGUGCUGUACUUUUCCAGCUAAUGUGCUUGGCCGACCUUGAGUUUGAUUAUAUCAACCCAUAUGAUACAGCAUCCCGAGUAAAUAAGGCUGUUUUGCCAGAGUUUAUUGCAGAAGGAGUUUUGUGCCUUCUCCUUCUUAUUACAGGGCAUUGGGCAAUGUGUUUGCUUGGCCUUCCAUAUGCAUAUUACAAUGUAACGAUAUACACUCGGCGGCAACACUUUCUGGAUGUAACUGAGAUUUUUAACCAGCUUCAUUGGGAGAAGAAGGUGAGAUUUAUCCUGAUCAUCUUUCUGGCAUUGACGAUAUUCUGGAUGAUUUGGAGCAUUGUGGAUGAAUGAUCAAUGUGAAUUUGAUGCUGCCAUUAAUUACACAUUCUGUAAGCUUCCGUUUAUUUUUAUUCUUUGAUGUUUUACUUUAUUUAGUCAACCCAUUGAACGCUGAGAAAUAUCAC